CCGUCAGCAACAGCUGAUCUCUUUGCUUUAUGUAAACAAUGUAUAUUUUCUAACUAUUUACUUUUGGAUGCAUAUAUUUGUAAAUAAUUAAAAUGGUAAAGGUGGAUGUAGAAUAUUGUCCGAAAUGCAAUUUCGAAUGGCAAUGCAAAAUGUUACAAAAUUUUCUACUGCAACAACAACCAGAUACAGAAGUAGUUUGCUUUAAAGGCCGACAGGGAUCCUUUGAAGUAAAGAUUGACAACAAUUUGGUACAUUCCAAAUUAAAGUCCUUUGCCUUUCCUGAUCACGAAAGUGUGCUAGAAAAUGUACGCAAGGCAGAAAAAGGUAUACCAGUUGAAAGAGUGAAAGAGCAACCAAUUGAAAAUUGCGUACUUAUGUGAUCCAAAAUUUAAUUU